AUGGCUGCUUCAGAGGGAAGGCCACUGGUGGAGGCAGUGGAACACAAGGAAGACUUGUAUGAUCACCAAGAGCUCAGUGGAUGUGGGUAUGGAUGCUUUCGUGGGUUUGGAUUGAGUUGGUGUAGAGGGUAUGAAGAAGGUAAGGACCAAGUGGAGCAAAGGGGUGAUUCGUGGGUGAGUUGCAAGUUGAGGGAGAUGAAGGAGUUUACAGAAGUGAUUGCAGGUCCCAGGUGGAAAACAUUCAUCAGAAAGAUAAGCGGGUAUGGCAGGAAGCAGCAGAAGAACAGAUUUCAGUAUGACGAACACAGCUAUGCUCUCAACUUCAACAGUGGGGCUCAGAGUGAAGAUGAUGACAUGCCUCCCAGUUUCUCCGCAAGAUUCAGUGCUCCCUUUCCCUCCACUCGUCGCCAAACUGAACAAUGA